AUGGGCGGCGAUGCACGGACACCAGUCCUCGUGAACGAGGGCCGGACCCCCACCUGCGUGCGGACGCAGGGGGAGUCCAUUGUGGAUAUCACAUGGGCUACCCCCUCGGCCAUGCGCUUGAUCACCAGGUGGAGGGUGGAGGAGGGCAUCGAAACUCUGUCGGACCACCGAUAUAUAUCGGUGGAGUUCGGUGCCCUCUCCUCCGUGCGUCGCCAAGAGACGCGAUCGCGAUGGGCCCUGCGGAAACUCCGCGAGGACGCCCUGAUGGCCGCCUGUUGGAGGAGACUCGCCCGCUGCAGGCGCAGAGGCGAGCAGGCGGCCGAACGAGCUAGAGAGGGCUACUUUGAGGCCAAAGUGGCCCUCAGGAAGGCCAUCAGGGUGGCAAAGGGCAGGGCGUGGACGGAGUUCCUCGACUCCCUUCAGGAAGAUCCGUGGGGGCGUCCAUAUAAAAUGGUACUCAACAAGUUGAGACCAUGGGCGCCCCCGCUGACGGAGCGGCUAGACGGGGGUUUCGUCCGGAGGGUGGUGCAGGCCCUCUUCCCCGAUAUUGUCGGGGAGGACGGGGGCCCACCCUUCGAGCCGGGGGAAGACUCCCCCGACUGCGACGAUUCCCUGGACGUCCAGCCGGAAGAACUCCGGAGAGCCGUCGCUAAGGGCCGCAAGGGCAACACAGCCCCGGGAUCUGACGGCCUCCACAAGCGGAUCCACGCCCUGGCAAUGAAUGUCCUCGCGGAGGAAUACGCGCGCCU